AUGAUUGCAGAUGGAGAGUUGGGCAUGCUGGGAGAGUUGUCCAUGGAGUCCCAACUCCCUUCAGCCGCCCCCGCCAAAGGGAGAAACGACUUUGUCUCCAAGCUGCAUCAGAAGGACAACUGUCGGACGCUGCGGCAAGGAUACCUGGCCAAGCUGUCCUCGGUGGGGAGCAUCUCGGAGGAGGAGACCUGCGAGAAGCUGAAGGGACUGAUCCAGCGGCAAGUACAGAUGUGCAAGAGGAACCUGGAGGUGAUGGAUUCCGUGCGGCGGGGAGCACAGCUGGCCAUCGAGGAGUGCCAGUACCAAUUCCGCAACCGCCGCUGGAACUGCUCCACCCUGGACACGCUGCCCGUCUUCGGCAAGGUGGUGACGCAAGGGACCAGAGAGGCAGCCUUCGUCUACGCCAUCUCUUCGGCGGGCGUGGCCUUCGCUGUGACACACGCCUGCAGCAGCGGAGAGCUGGACAAGUGUGGUUGUGACCGGACCGUGCACGGGGUCAGUCCCCAGGGCUUCCAGUGGUCCGGCUGCUCUGAUAACAUCGCAUAUGGAGUGGCCUUCUCUCAGUCGUUCGUGGAUGUCCGGGAGAGGAGCAAAGGGGCCUCGUCCAGCCGGGCACUCAUGAACCUCCACAACAAUGAGGCAGGGAGGAAGGCCAUCCUGAACCACAUGCGGGUGGAGUGCAAGUGCCACGGGGUGUCGGGCUCCUGCGAGGUCAAGACCUGCUGGAAGGCCAUGCCGCCCUUCCGUAAAGUGGGCAACGUGCUGAAGGAGAAGUUCGACGGGGCCACGGAGGUGGAGCAGAGGAAGGUGGGCUCCGCCAAGGUCCUGGUGCCCAAGAACUCCCAGUUCAAGCCGCACACGGACGAGGACCUGGUCUACCUGGACUCCAGCCCGGACUUCUGCGACCACGACCUGAAGAACGGGGUGCUGGGCACCUGGGGCCGCCAGUGCAACAAGACCUCCAAGGCCAUCGAUGGCUGCGAACUCAUGUGCUGCGGGCGAGGCUUCCACACGGAGGAGGUGGAGGUGGUGGAGCGUUGCAGCUGCAAGUUCCACUGGUGCUGCUUCGUCAAAUGCAAACAGUGUCAUCGCCUGGUGGAACUGCACACGUGUCGGUGAUGGGGGCCCGGGCCGGACGGGACGGGGCUCCCGGGCCCGGACACACACCCCGGACCCCCGGCCCGGGACCCUCGGCUCAGGCCCCGCCACCAGGCCCCACGACCCAGGACAGGCAGCCCGGGACGGGGAGAGGAACAAAGAGAUUUUUAAAGGAAAAAAAAAUAUUUAAAGUCCCGAAAGAUGAGGGUUGUAUUUUUUUGUCUUAGCUUUAUUUAUUGUCCAAGCCCCGGCCUGGGUCACCCUCCCCCCGGCCCGGCCUGCCCCCUGCGCUCUCCACCGCUGACCAAAUGGACCUCACGGCCUCUGCGCACCCCACCGGAUCCCACGUCCCGCACCCCCCGCGGGAGUGUUUCCACCCCUGUUUUCUAUCCCAGAUCUUGCAAACUUUGGAGAAAAAAAAAACUCAC